AGCUAUGUGCCUCUGUCUGAUGAGUGACAACUGAAAAUGGAGGCCCAGAAAAAUGCAUUGGUGAGCUUGAAGCGGAAGAAGUGCGAGCAAUCCAACACUAAAAUCACCUCAAACUCAUCUUCUUCUGCUGCUUCAGCUGGAUCUCGAGAUGGCCGUUUGAGAUUUUUACUUUCUUCAAACACUUCUUCUGAUGCUUCAUUGCCUUCCUCUUCUUCGAGGGCUCGUGUGGAGAGAAAGCCCUCAUCUUUGCCCAAAUUCGAAAGCAAUUUCUCUGCUAAAUCGUUCAGAUCUAAAGAGAAUGAGCUUCCCAGAAAGCCCUUUUCCAAGGCGCCGAAGAAGAAGAAGCAACAGUUGUGUGUUGACGGGAGGGGAAUUGCCAAAAUUAAGACAAAUCCCAUUUCUAAAACAGCUCAAAUGUCAAAGCUUUAUUGCGGUAGGGGUAAUCAAGUGAAGGGCUCUGAAGAAUUGGAGGGGAAGAAGUUGAGGAGUGAACCACAAUUUUUUAGUUCAACUCCCCCACGUGUUCGACGAAAUGCCGCAUUGGAAAAAUUGGAUUCGGGAACAGCUGAAUGUGGCAAUUGCAGCGCUACUACGCCUCCGGUGGAAGUCUCUGUGUCUCCUCAAAUCCAAUCCAAGAUGUUCGUUUCGAAAUCUUCAGUAACUCCGGUUUGCUACGGUGCAGGCCACCUUCUCUCUGGAGUCACUGAUAAAAGGAAGUGCAGGCGAAGAGGGAGCUUGCGAGGAGGCUGUGAGAAGGUCAAUCUCUUUGAUGAUGAGAAUGUGGCUGAUGAAUUGCUGGAUUCUUUGAUUCCUUUGCCUAGCGAGGCUUCGGUGCGCUGGUUGUUGUCUCCCUGCAAAGAGGGGGGCGAGGAUCAGGGGCGUGAUUCGGAGAAUAAGUUAGAAGAUUGUGGUGAUGAUUCUCUUGCUCUUGAUUUAUCGUCUUCGCCUUCCACAUUGUGUGAGUUAGAAUGUGAUGACAGUGACUUCAGAAGCAGUGAGAUUUUUAAGCUUUCUCGUCGAAAAAGUUCAGGAAAUAACAUGUGUGAUCCUUUGUUAGCUGCUACUCCCAAUUCAGUUUCGAACAAUAAUGAUUUCGGUUUAGGAGAGGGGAAUAGUUCAGCAGUCUCUUUAGGUUCUUUGGGUAGUGGAAAUUUGAUUCAGACACCGGACUUUGAGUGUAGCUCGUAUGAGUCUUUUAGAAGGUGGAAUGUGGAGCUUGAUUCAAUAACAGAAACUCUAGAUGCAGUGAGUUUAUCUAGAUGUGAGAGAUUCGCGUAUGCAGGGAUGGAUUCAUCUUCUCGCUCUGCUGUUCCCGAGAAAAAUGUGUGUUCAUGGGAGUCGAGCUCGACAUUAGACAACUUAACACUCUCCCAGAUGAGGAUAUCAUGGAGAGAUGAGGAGAUUGAUGCUUAUGAUCAGCAGCUGAAGCCAUACCGACUGUCUCGCUCAGGAAGGGAAGAGAAAAAUAAACGCAAAGAGGAAGAUCCGUGGAUGGCUAAUGAUGUGCCACCCGUUCUUCUUGAGUAUGAACCUUGCAUUUCUGCAGCAACUAGAGGAAAAGCAACCGGAGAUAGACACGAUGCAUGUGCUGAGUCAAUAUGCACCAAUGCGGGUGAUUUGGCUAUCUCUUGUGAUUCGGAUUGGGGAAAUAUCCAGAGUCAGGUCGAGUAGUGACAACUGCAAGACAUGAGCCAAAGGCGAUGGCCGGUUUGACAUCAUCUCUACUAAAUUCGAAAUGUUCUUCAAGGCAGUGAUUUGCAGCUAGACGUGAUGCUGAUGAACGAAACCUCAGGAGACAGUCCUCGGUGAUCAGCGACACUGGCUUGCUACUAGAUCCUUCUAAGUCAGUUCAGCGCACCGCGUAGUUCUCUCUUCGAUUGCAUUUCCACUUGAAAGAUGGAACUGCAACUUUAAGGUAUCAUCAACGUCUUUAAUUUACCAUCACUUAACUUAAUCCCUUCGGUUGAACUGUAAAUCGAAUGUAUAUGAGCAAUUAUGUAGCAAUAGUUGUUGCUAUUUGAGCUAUGUACUCGUUGAGGGAGUGGCCCAUUAGUGGUUUUAGUUAUUUAUUUACACCGAUGAGAUAUUGUUUUAAUAGUAACUAUUUAUUUUUCUUUCAUUUGCCGACAGAGGAAGGUGUAUAUUAUGCUAUGCUUCAACUUGUUGGAACAAUUGCACUUGUACCAGUUCAUUUAUUAAUUGA